CUAUUUACGAAGAAUUAACAUGUUUUUAUGAAAUCCCUAUACCCUAAACCCCAAACCUCAAUAUAUAUAUAUACGGUUUCGAUUCACUUAAAAAAUAAAUUAAACCUAUAUAAUUAAAAUUUCAUGAUUAAAAAAAUAAUAAAAAUUAGGAAUUUGGGGUUUAGGGUUUAGGGAAUGUAAAAAACAAAUGCUAAAUCCACGGUUUCGUCGUAAUAUCCACGUGACCAAAAAACGCGGGCCUUGCAAUUUCGUCGUAAAGUUAAAAAGACGGGCCUUGCAAAAUCGUCGUAAAUAAUUACACGGGCCUUGCUGUUUCGUCGUAAAUUUACGAGGACUUUACGUCCCUAUGUAAUCUUAUAUAUACCCGCGAGAACCAGCCACUUCAUUUCGUCCCAAUUUCCUCUCCUACACCUCCCAAGAUGGUUAGAAAGAACAAGCAGAAGAAAACCCCCCACUACAGUCAGAUGUUCUGUGGUGAUCCUGCUGCUGGAUCAUCAUCUUCCGCUCCCGGUUCCUCCAACCCGGAGAUUGUCCCGGAGUCUCAGUCACAGCCACCACCGGUUCCUCCAUCUGGUGCACCACCCCCACCUGCUGCACCUCAGGCGGUUCCAGAUCCGGUUGCACCCGGAUACAUUCAUCCGGAGUUGCGGGUGCCGCCGACCGCUCCUUUUGCUCGGUACACGGUUGAGGAUCUUCUCGCUCAACCAGGCCGAGCCGGUUUACCGGUUUUAGACCCCGACCGACCAGAGGGGACUCUGUGGUUUGGGGUCGACAAUUCUGUCGCUACGAGCGUAUCCGAUAUCAUCAAAGGAUACUUCUCAGAGGCUCACCCAAACUGGAAAAAGACGCCGCACCACGUUAGAAACACGUGGUUCAAGAUGUUUGCUCAAAGAUACCAGUGGUCCAUCGGGGUUCACGAGGACGUGAAACGGGAGUUCACCGCAAAGGCGAAGAAGCGGUUGUUGGACACCGUAGGCAACUGGAAGGAGGACUGGAUCUACAAGGGUUACAAGGACGGGCAACCCGCUGAGCUGACCAAGGAUGUCUACGAUGGUCUCAUCCGUUACUGGGAGCUGCCAUCAUCCAUUGCGAUCUCCAACGCCUGCUCUGCCUCUCGUAACACCAAAGACGAGCACGGCAACGGCCCGAUGCUUCACUGUACGGGUCAAAAACCCCAUGCCCGUGUCCGCUUGGAAAUGGCCAAAGAGACGGGACAACUCCCGUCUCUUAAAGAGCUUUACGAGAGGACCCACAAGACCAAGGCGGGGGUAUUUGUGGAUCCGAGGUCCGAGCAAAUCUACAACGAUGUCGUUGCUCGGAUUGAAGACCGCCAAACCCAGCUGACCCAGCAAUCUUCCGAUGGAAUACCGGUCGUAUUAUCCACUCAAGAAGUGGAUCAGAUUUACGAGGAGGUCGUCCCUAAGAAAAAGGGACGUACGUUGGGAAUCGGUUCCGUCAACGAUGUCCCAAGAGCGACAUCGUCUUAUGGUCAGAGACGAGCCGACGAAGUCACUGAGCUGCGUUCGGAGUUACACUCGACGCGGACUCAGUUGGCGUCGACGCAGACGGAGUUGGAGUCUACGCGCCAAUCAUUCCAAGCUCGUAUGGGUGGAGUGGAGGGGUUUCUGGAAGUUAUAUCUUCUGGAAAUCCCCAAUGGGAGGAGUUGUUGGCGGAUAUGCGACGACGGAACCCGGUUCCCGAGCCUUCUCGUACUCAGCAGCAAGAGGAGGAACUACAGAGGAGGAGUGAAGACCUCUACCGGGAAACGAUCCACCGCCCCGGCCCGACUUAGUUUUUUUUUUUCUGUGUAAUAUUAAAAUUCUAAACUUUUAUUUAUAUAAUAUUUUCGGUUUUAAUUUAUUCCAAAUUUUUAAUAUUUUCGCAUUAGUUAUUAUUUAUAUUUCUAAUAUUUUUGAAAUAAUUAUUUUCUAUAAUAUAAAAUUUUAAAUUUUAAAAAUAAAUUAGUUUUAGAAAUCGAAGCAAAUUCCUCGUUAACUCACGAGGAAUUGACGAGUAAAUCGACGUGUAAAGAACGACGAAACGUUACGACGAAUCUACGUGUCAAGUUGUACGUUUCCUUUACGACGAAAGUUUACGUCUACAUUACGUGUAUUAUUUACGUUUACUUUACGAGUAUAAAUUACGUUUUUCUUACGAGGAUAGUUUACGUGUAUGUUACGAGGAAAAUUACGUGUCUUUUACGUGGAACUAUAGCGUCUACUUUACGUGGAAAUCUACGUGUUCUUUACGACGAAAUUUUAACCUUCCUUUUACGACGAAAUGGGUCCCUCGUACUUUUACGACGAAAUGGCGAUUAAAUAUCCGUUACGACCAAACUUUAACGACGAUA